AUGAUUUUUCAUGGUAUUUGUAGUCAAAUGAUUGGACCAAAACCAACAACACCUACACCAAUACCAACAUGUCCAUCAAUAGAUGAAAUUACAUCGACUAUGGAAAAAUUAUUUGAUGCACAAACAAAAAUUUUACUAUCAAAAUUAGCUGAUAUGGAAGCACGUUUAAAUGAUUUAACAUCAUGUAAACCUAUGGCACCUAGUGAACUUUUUAUGGGUAUUUAUGAAAAUUUAACUAUAUUCGAUGAUUGGAUAUUACUUUACAAUGAACCUUAUAAUCAUAAUACAACAAGUAAAGAAUUAAAACAAGUAGCAAAUAAAUGUAAUAGUAAUCGUAUUGUUGUUGGAGCAAUACAAAAUGAAAAUUCAUCUAUAUUGAGUGUUGCUGCUGUUGGUCCAACACGUGUACUUCAUCUUAAUACAAAAGUUGAAGAUCCUGAAGAAAUUGAAAAUGUCCUCUGGUAUUUAGAAUCUGGACGAAGUUUUGGUUUUCGACCUAUUGAAAAUGAUCCAAAUGAACCACCAAGAUCAGAACUUUUCUUAAGUUGGGCUAUUGAUGUUAACUAUGGUGGUUGGCGUGCUGGUAAAGCUACAAAUCUUUAUCAAAAUUCAACAUGGCAUAAAGUUAUUUAUUGUAUGCCAACAUUUUAA